UAGACUACUAUAUAGACUCUAGAUAGAUCUCUGUCUCUAGAUCUGUUAGUAGUAUCGUUUUUUAGAUAUCCAAUUCACUUAUAGACUUAUAUUAAAAAUUAGUCAACACACUAUAAAUUAUAUAUAUUAAUUAUAUAUAAUAAUUAAAAAGGAUACUAUAAAAAGAUACAAAAGACAGUGUGUUGAGUGAAUCAUGUCUUGUGAAGCUAAAAAGGUGAAGCUAGAUUCAGGCUUCAGUGAUGAGGCUCACCCUGAGGUUUUUAACAUCCACGCUAUGCCCAAACAACCUGAAAACCUGAAACCAGGACAACUACCGCAUUCACAGAUAAAACAGUAUUUUGAAAAGGGUUUUCUUUUAGUACCAAAAUUUUUUGAGGAAGAGGAAUUGGAACCUGUUCGUAGAUCAAUAGAAAAACUUGUGGAUGACCUGGCUCAGAUGCUAUAUGAUGGUGGAAAAAUUAAAAAUCUGUAUAAAGAACAUGGAUUAUUUCAAAGACUUAUUCGUAUUGAAAAGGAAUUUCCUGGAGCUAAUAUAAUUCUACAUAAACAGGGGCAGUUAACUGAGGCUUUUCAGACACUUUGGUCCAAUGAGCGACUACUAAAUGUGGUAGAACAACUUAUUGGGCCUGAGAUAGCUGGACACCCUGUAUGGAAUCUCAGAACUAAGACUCCUCAGAAUGAAGCCACAACAGUUCCAUGGCAUCAAGACAGUGCUUACCUGGACAAUGACUCCUACAAUGUCCUACAAGCAACUGCCUGGAUUCCAUUAUUAGAUGCCAAUGAAAAAAAUGGAUGCAUGGAAGUAAUCUCAGGAGGUCAUUUACCUGGGAAAGUGGUCAGACACACCUGCUGCUGGGGUGAGACUUGGUAUGUUGUGAUGGAUGAACAAGACGCAGCAGAGAAGCUUAAUGUAGACUUUGUGAAAGACAAAGUCUUAUGCCCAGUGCCCUAUGGUGGGAUGCUGCUAAUCAACAACAUGAUACCACAUAGAAGCUUGAAUAAUAUCUCAGAUGAAAUUCGUUGGAGCCUGGACUUGCGCUGGCAGAAUCCAGAAAAAUCUGUUGGAUUUUAUGGAUUAAAAGAAGGAGUUUUGAUGAGGUCUGCCAAGAAUCCAGUGACUAAAAUAGACUGGGAAGGUUUCAACAAAGUAGACAGACACCGUGAGGCUGACUUGGAUUGUAAGCUGAUUGAACUACCAGAAAAAAAGGACAAAGUAGAAGAUGAUCCUUUUGAUACUAUCAUCGUUGGACCCUGGAUGAAGAAAUGGGAAAUGACCCACACGAAUCGCCAUACCGACAGAUUAACCAGCAGGAAUGAUAGCACUUGGCACAAGGCCUAACAAGUUCAAUUGUGUUGGUGCAGCUAAGUGUUAUCUAUCAUUAUAAUAGAUCUAAGCUACUGGUCAUAUGCAGGUAUUCAUAUUUUAUAUACCAAAACCUGAAUCAUAACCACGUGUAAAGAUUUUGAAUUUAGCUUUAUUUUUGUUAUAGCCAUCUCCACUAUAUUAUUUUCAGAUUGCUUACUUUAUUAUUUUUUUACUAUAUUACCAAUAUCAAUUUAGUGUAUAACAGGCCAAAAGAUUUUUUUAUAAAUUGUUUCUAGCUUGUUUGCUAGGUGUCAAAAAGAGCAGUAGAUCAACCAAUCGAGUAAUCUUUGAACUUAAUCUAAUUGGAACAUGACUGCAUUUAUACAAAUCUUUUGUCGCUUUAGAUAGUGGCUCUAUGUUCCGAGGGCUACACUAACAUGAAUUAUAUAAUUCUCUAAGAAUGAAUAGUCAAAUAGUCUUAAUGAAGUGUGGAAAUAGUACAAUUAUACCAUGUUUUCCUGGGUUUAUAUUUACAAGUUUUUAUUUACAUGUAUUUUAAAUUCACUCUGGUAUUCAUUAGCAUAUGUGAUAAUGUGAACAAUAAAUAAUGGCCUAAAACUUCAAAAGAAUGAGUCAUUGUCUGCUCAGUGUUCUGAACUACAAGGUUAAAACUGGAAAGAUCAAGUUGUAAUUUAUUGUGUCCUUAUUACAACUGUAAUAUAUGUAGUUAUUACAACUAUACUCUGAGUCACCUUGUUUUGGGGAAUGUUUUAUUUGUAACUUUACUUGUAACAUUACCACAUGGUGAAAAGGUUUUACACAUUUCUAGUUUUUUUCUUUUCUUUGUGAUUGAUGAUAUCAAAGUAUGUUUUAAAUGUAAAUACUUAAUAUUAAAUUUUAAAGUCUUUCUAAUUGCCUUGUAUCCAGAGCUGUGUUAAUGCUAGACUUUUACUUCUACUUUUUCCCGGUAAUAACAUUUUAAAUUUUUUUUUAAACUAAUUGCUUGUGCAGUGAGUACUGCUACUUUCUGAUAACAAAAUGAUCUAUUGAAUUGUAGCAUUGAUUUCUUUAGAGUCAAAAUACUUUAAAAAUAAAAUGAGAACAUUCUAUUGAAUUGUAGCAUUGAUUUCUUUAGAGUCAAAUUACUUUAACAAUAAAAUGAGAACAUUCUAUUGAAUUGUAGCAUUGAUUUCUUUAGAGUCAAAUUACUUUAACAAUAAAAUGAGAACAUUCUAUUGAAUUGUAGCAUUGAUUUCUUUAGAGUCAAACUACUUUAAAAAUAAAAUGAGAACAUUAUAUUGAA